AUGUCUACACCAAUACCUGUCGUUCCUCCUACUGGGGAAACCGCUUCACCUGCUGAUGAAGAAUUUUACGCAUCAUGGGGUCUUUGUAUCCUUUGCGUACUCCUCAUAGGAGCUCUUGUAACUUCUUAUUACCUUCAAAUCAAACGGAUUAGAGCGGUACAUGAAACGGUUGUAUCUAUAUUCGCUGGGAUGGUAGUGGGUUUGAUCAUACGACUCAGUCCAGGACAUUUGAUAAGGGAGAUGCUGUCUUUCAAACACACCCUUUUCUUCAAUCUUCUUUUACCACCUAUCAUCCUCAACUCGGGCUACGAAUUAAAACAAGAAAACUUUUUCCGCAAUUUCGGAGUGAUUUUGACAUUCGCUUUUCUCGGGACUUUCAUUUCGGCCGUUGGUAUUGGUGUUCUAGUAUACAUUUGGUCCUUCCUUGGCUUAGAAGGUCUGAAAUUCACUCUCCUUGAAUGUCUCAUUUUCGGAUCCACCCUCUCCGCCACUGAUCCCGUCACGAUCCUGGCUAUCUUCAAUACUUACAAAGUGGACCCCAAGCUGUAUAGCGUGAUUUUCGGAGAGAGUAUAUUGAAUGAUGCUGUCAGUAUCGUCAUGUACGAAACCCUCUCUCAAUUUCAUGGCGAAGACAUUUACCUUUCAUCUCUCUUCCACGGCGUUGGCAUUUUCCUUUUCUCUUUCCUCGUCUCUAUGGCUCUCGGCGUAGCUUUCGGUCUAGUCUGUUCUCUCGGUCUCAAACAUAGUCAUCUUGCGACUUAUCCUCAUAUUGAAUCUUGCCUAGUGGCUUUGGUAGCUUACACCAGUUACUUUUUCUCUAAUGGGAUUGCGAUGAGUGGCAUCGUAUCCCUCUUAUUCUGCGGAAUCACCUUGAAACACUAUGCCUAUCAUACCAUGUCAAAGAGGACCCAACGGACGACAAAGUACAUGUUCGCGGUCUUGGCCCAAUUAUCGGAGAAUUUCAUUUUCAUCUAUCUCGGUUUGAACUUGUUCACGCAGGACGUGCAGGUGUUCAAGCCUUUGUUUAUUCUUGUGUCAGCGAUCGCCGUCAUGGCUUCUCGCUACGCUGCCGUCUUCCCCCUCUCCGAGCUCAUCAACUGGAUCUACCACACCCGAGGUCAACGUAACGAAGAACUUCCCCAUUCUUACCAAAUGAUGCUUUUCUGGGCAGGUCUCCGAGGAGCCGUCGGAGUGGCUCUAGCUGCCGGUAUAGAAGGCGAUAACGCCGAUGCUCUCCGGACCACCAUCCUAGUCGUCGUCGUCUUGACCGUCAUCGUCUUUGGAGGUACCACCGCUCGUAUGCUCGAAGUUUUAGGUAUACGCGUAGGAGUAGAAGAUGAAGAUGCUUCCACAGAUGAAGAAGAAGGUUGGACUUCUCACGCUGGUAAUUUAGCAUUACAAAUGGGACCAGGAUCAAGACGAUACAUCUCACAAAAUGGAAGAGGUUACGAAAAUGAAGAUGAUAUAGAUUUACAAUCUCAACCUGGUGAUUCACCUUAUCUUCAAGUAUCACCUUCAAAAAGAUAUCCAGGACGUAAAAUAUCUGGUAGAUCUUAUGAUUCUUCAAGAAACGCAUCACGUUCUGGUUUUUCAAGUAAUACUUCUGAAUCUGAAAAUGAUGAACCAUUACCACCUAUCCAAAACGCUGGAAAUUCACAACAUCCCUAUGGGGAAUAUUCAGGUGGUGGUGGUGGUGUAGGAGGAGAAGAAAGAGGACAAAAACCAGGAAUGGUUUUCAAAGAUGGACAAUGGUUCACAACUUUGGAUGAAAGAUAUUUAUUACCAUUAUUCAGUAACAGCGUCACGGCAAGAAGACAUCAUGCUAAAAAAGCAAAAAGAGCUAGUGUUUAUAAUGGUGGAGAAAGUGGAGUAGGUACACCGAGAGUUGGAAGUAGUUUUGAAUUAAGUAGAGAAGAAGAUAAUGUUGGGGAUGGUGAAAGUGAGAAUGGUAAGAAUAAAAUUCAAAGAACGUUUUCUGGAUCCGUUUCCGAUUUUUUCUUUUCUAAAGCGGAUGGACAAGGUAACGGUUCUCCAACUACAGAUCCACGAAGAAGAGGUAGUAAUGAUAAGUCUAAUCAGGUAGAUAGGGAGGGAGAGAGAAGAGGAUGAGGGUCUAGGAAUCUUCUUUUUUUUGCAUUGGUUCAUGAUGAAUAAGGGAGACGUAUCAUUAGGAUAGAAUGCAUGGAUUUUUGUGUAUC